AUGCGUGAAUAUCUGGAAUUAGGCCAUGCGCGGAAACUUCAAGAGCCUGUCAAUAGCAGUUUGCCGCAUUUCUACCUGCCACAUCAUUGUGUCAUCAAGGACAGCAGUACCACUACGAAGCUGAGGGUAGUGUUUGACGCAUCUAGCAAGACUACCAGCGGUGUAUCUUUUAAUGAUUCUCUCAUGGUAGGACCUGUCAUACAGCAAGAGAGUACAUCGAUCUUAAUACGUUUUCGAAGCUAUGAGUAUGUUUUGACAGGAGACAUAGAGAAGAUGUACAGGCAGAUUCUUAUUGACGAGAAGCAAACCUCAUUACAAAGGAUAUUGUGGAGAGAUAAUCCGGCAGGCACUAUUGAAACAUACGAAUUACUUACCUUGACAUACGGAACGGCUUCAGCAUCAUUUGUUGCCACUAAGGUUAUUCAGCAAUUAGCUGAUCUAGAAGCAGAUCAGUUCCCCAAAGGAGCGCAGGCAGCGCGCAGAGAUUUUUAUGUGGACGACCUCAUUACAGGAGCGAACAGCGAGGAAGUGUAA